AGGUGAUAUUUUUACUGCUGAUAUUUUUUACAUUUUUCCCUUUGAAGAGUGAAAACUUAUAACUUAUUUGUACAUACAAGAACAAAAUUACAGUUUGAUUUGAUGAACUGUAUUUGACUCAAAGCGAAGAACUUGGAUUUUUUAUGCUACCUACUUAAAUUUUUUACAUACUUUCUACUUUAAAAAAAAAAAAGAGUGACACAAUACCAUUAAUUUGAGGUGAGCAAUUUUUAUAUUAUGUAUAUUUUUCCAUUUUUAACUCUUUUCUAUACGCAUAAAGUCCUGGUUAAACAACAAUAAAAUGACGUUUGAUUGGCUGAGCUGCGUUUGUCAUUCCAGGACCCUCACGAACUCCGCAGCCAUGAAUGUGAAGGGGGAUAAGCCGAAGAGCAAAAUUACGGCCUCUCGUAAGCUCUCUCUCAAAAUGCUCCUGUUGACCCGAGCGUCAGAGGAUCUUCAGCGUGAGAGGCAGCAGAGAGAGGAUGAGAAGAAGAAAUACCUGGGAGAGAAGAUGCCCCCUCUGCAGCUGUCCGGGAAGUCCUUGGACGAACUACAAAAAAUUUGCAAACAGCUUCACGCCAGAAUCGACGUGGUGGAUGAAGAGCGGUACGACUGUGAAUCCAAAGUCAACAAACACAACAAAGAUAUCCAUGAGUUGAAGCUGAAGGUCCAAGACUUGGGCGGUAAGUUUAAGAAACCCGCCCUGAGGAAGGUGAGGGUCUCUGCAGACGAGAUGAUGAGAGCUCUGCUGGGCUCCAAACACAAAGGCUCCAUGGACCUGCGCUCCAACCUCAAGUCUGUGAAGAAGGAGGACGUCAAACAGGAUAAGGUGCUUACGAGUGAGGUUGGAGACUGGCGUAAAAACGUGGAGGCCAUGUCAGGAAUGGAAGGUCGUAAGAAGAUGUUUGACACAGGCGGAGCUGCUCAGUGAGGUGUUCAAGGACCGGAGGAGAAAGUACAACUGUCGACAUGAAGCUGGGGCAAGUUUAAAGUGUUUAAGGGUAACAUGAAUGAAGAACUUUGAGCUUUUUACAGUGUUAUAGUUAAAGUUAUGAAGUUUUUUGUCAUCAGAAUUACCAGAAGGCGUCUUGUAUUUGUGUAUUCUCUGGCAUUGCGUUUCUGUGUCGUGCUACCGUGUAAGUUCAAAGUGUAUUAAAACUAAAAUAAUCUAAUGCUAAACAAAAGUGGGUGGGUGGGUGGAAAUGUGGGAUUGUUUUUAAUCUGUGUAAAGCACUUUGUGUUACAUUUUUGUAUGAAAAGUGCUUUAUAAAUAAAGUUUGAUUGAUUGAUUGAAAAGUCAGAAUAUAGAAGCAUAGAAUAACUGAGUAUGUCCAAUGAUAUUUUUAUUUGAACCCUCUCCUGUUUUGCUAUAAGAUGUUUGUAGAGAUUAAAACAGAAAUGAACAAUGUGCUGACAUAA